AUGCCUUUCCCCCCCGACCUCCAGGACCGCGACGCUCUCCCCUCCAACAAGGAGGUGGACUUCAGCGUCGCCCACCCCCUCUUCAAUGACCUGUGUCCCGAGGACUCGUACACCCCCGAGGGUGUUUACUGGGCCGACCUCCCAUGGAAGGAGCGCCAGGCCUGGGUCAACAACCAGGCUACCGAGGAGACCAAGCGCGAGAUUGGCGUCGUGUGGGACAUGUUCAAGAAGGACCCCCUCUCGCCCCUCAACGCCUACUGCUCGCGCUACGUUGUCACCGGUUUCGGAAUGUUCACUGAAGGCUACACCAUCUUCUCGAUUGGUAACCUUACCUCCUGGUACCAGGCUGUCUGGCCCCAGUGCUGGAAGACGUACGAGGUGUGCGACGAGAACUGGAUCGCCGGUGUAUCGUACAUCCAGAUCAUUGGUAUUAUCUGUGGCCAGAUCGGUGUCGGAAUCGAGGGCGACUGGAUUGGUCGCCGUGUCGGUCUCGUCCAGGACGCUCUCGUCAUGACUCUUGGUCUCGUCAUGCUUACCGCUUCGUGGGGCACUACGCUCAACGGCUGGGUUAUCUGCUACGCUUGGUCUCAGUUCAUCUACACCCUCGGUGUUGGCGGCGAGUACCCCAUGACUUCGACUUCGGCUCUUGAGAACAAGGCUGCUGCCGGCCAGGCUCAGCGCGACGACAAGCUCCACCGCGGCCGUAACGUCGUCCUCGCCUUCCUGAUGCAGGGUUGGGGCCAGCUCCUCAACCAGGGUCUCCUCAUCCUCCUCGUCCUCGUCCUCCACGGCGGCUCUACUCCUCCUUACUCGGAGAAGACUGGCCAGUGGGUCUUCCGCCUGUCGUUUGCCUUCAUGAUUCCCUUCACCCUGUGGCUCGCCUACUGGCGUUUCUACAAGAAGAAGUACUCCGAGGCCGCUCUCCGCCGCUCCAAGAAGAACUCGCACGUCAACCAGUCUGGUUACGACAUUGUCUCGCUCAAGCUCGUUUGCUCGCACUUUGGUGGCCGUCUCUUUGGUACCUGCAUGUGCUGGCUCGCCGCCGACUUCCUCUUCUACGGUGCCAAGCUCUUCGCCUCGACCUUUAUCAAGGUUAUCACCCCCAACUCCACUGGUGUCAUGACCGGAUGGCUCUGGAACCUGCUCAACGUCGGUGUCUCGCUUGUUGGUUACUACCUUGCCGCGUUCCUCGUCGACCACAAGUUCUACGGCCGCAAGCGCAUGCAGACUGUCGGCUUCCUCGCCUGCGGUGUCCUCUACCUCCUCCCCGCCAUCUGGUACAAGGAGCUCUCGUCCGCCAAGCACAUUGCCGGCUUCCAGACCAUCUACUUCCUCGCCUCGUUCUUCCAGCAGUUCGGCCCCAACUGCACCACCUUCCUCCUCGCCGCCGAGGUCUUCCCCAUCUCGGUUCGUGCCACCGCCCACGGUCUCUCGGCCGCCUCGGGCAAGCUCGGUGCUCUUCUCCCUGCUAUCGUUUACAACUACAUUGGCACCCACACCAAGUUCUGGGUUGUCUGCUGGUUCGGUUUCCUUGGAUGGAUCCUCACCCAGGCCUUCAUCCCCGACGUCACCGGUCUCGACCUCCGCGAGCAGGACCGCUACUGGGCCUUUGUCCGUGAGGGCCGCGCCGGCGACUACCACGGUAUCGCCGUCCACCCCCGCCACCUCUCGCUCUUUGAGCGUGUCGUCCUCAAGCGUCACCGCGCCUACGACCCGGACCUUGACCGCCAGCAGCGUAUCAAGGAGCUCCGCGUCAUGUGGGAGGCCCGCCAGCAGGAGGUCACCAAGGAGCAAGGUGGCCGCGAGGAGUUUGAGAGCCACGAGGACGACGAGCUCUCGUCGGCUGCCCACUCGUUCUUCGGCCACGAGCUCGACGUCGCCGAGGCCCACAACGGUAUGCCCCUGGGCCGCCGCGAGUCGAUGGCCUACCUCCGCCAGUCUCUCGAGGCCCACCACCAGCAGCACCAGCACGCACACGACGAGAAGUCGGAGAAGGCGCAGCAUCUCUAG